GAUCAAAGAAAGGAGAAGAAGGGAGAGGGUCGCCUAUACGGAUCCUAAAGCACCUAAUUCUGAGCUAGAUUUAUAGCUCAGAAAAUUGUGAGUUGACACUUGGCCCUUACUUUAAAAUUAUUUCCACCUAUUUACAUACAAUCUGCACUAUGUUAUGUAUUUUUUCCAUUUUUUACCUUAAGGUUAACAAAGAAUAACUGAUUAACAUAGAAGAAAAAUUGGGUAAACUUUUUUAUUCAAUUCUGCACAUAAGCGCUACACCGUUACUACCUAGGGCUUUGAAAAUAGCGUGUAAGCCAAGCCUGACUCUUCCCGUAGAACUCUAAUGUCUAAAAAAUCGACUGUGCUUGGGUUCAAUACUGCUGUAAAUUUAAUGUUAUUCGUGCAGGCAUUAAUGCACCGAAUCAUGUCUUCCGCUUCCGAUAUAGAGCCUUUAAACAACAUAAAAAUGUCAUCGAUAUAUCUGACAUAAUGAAGGAUGUAGUACUUAUAAGGUUCCAAAAUAUGGCAGGUCUCGUAGCAGUACAUAUAACCAUUGGCAUACAUCGGUGCCAUUGCUGCACCCAUUGAAGUCCCUGCAGUCUGUCUGUACCAAUCCAUCUCAAACCUGAAAUAAUUUUGAGAAAGUACUAUAUCCAAGAGUUCCAAGAUAAAUUCAAUUGGAGGUCCUGAAUAAUGUAUAGAGCUAGAAAGUAUUGAUCUCAUAGCUUCAAUACCUUCGUUAUGUGGUAUAACUGUAUACAGGCUCGAUACGUCACAUGUCACAAGGACCACUGGUUCGACAGGUAAUUCAAUUUCUGAAAGGAGCUUAACGAAGCUGGGAGUGUCCUUUAUGCAUGUUGUUAAAUGACCAAUCGGUUCCUUGAACAAAAAAUCUAGCCAUUUGGCUAAAGGUUCCAAAACUCCCCCUACUGCUGAUACAAUAGGUCGACCAGGGGGUCUAUCCUUAUUUUUGUGUAUUUUUGGUAAUGUAUAUAGUACCGGGGUCCUAGGAGAGGAGGGUUUUAGAAAUUGAUAUAAUUCCAUGGAAAUAUAGUUAGAAUGUAAUCCUCUUAUAAGACAAUUGUCUAUAAGAUGUAUAACUUCAUCUGUAGGAUCCUUGUCCAAUUUCUCAUAUGUGGAUUCAUCGGAUAAUUGUGAUAGAAUUUCCAGACGAUAAUCAGAAUAAUUCUGGAUCACAAUUCCACCUCCUUUAUCCGCAGGUCUGAUUACAAUCUUUUUAUCUUGUGCCAGGGAUUUAAUAGCCCGAUCAUUCUUGGUGCAAUUUGAAUGAUAUUGGUGUUUCUUAUUUAAAACCUCAGUAGUCUCUUUCUGUACUGAUCGUAAGAAAGAUUUGAUGGAGGCUUGAUUAGGCAUUGGAUCAAACGUGCUUUUGGACCUAAAUGUAUGGCUCAGGUUGGAGCUUUCUACUGAUUUAGAUUUAAAAAAAUCUUUAAGUCUCAAUGAGCGACCAAAUUUGUAUAGUUCAACUUCCCACUCCAGAGCAUUAGGUCCAGAAGUGGGAACAAAGGAUAAUCCCUUACUUAGCAAAGAUGUUUCAUCCAAAGUGAGUGGUCUGGAGGAUAAAUUGAAGAUCGGAACUAUAUCUGAUAUCGAGGUGGCCUCCCUCUUGCCCCAGAAGGUACGCCCCUUUUGGCCCCGUCUAGUAAUAUAUCUCCUCCUGGUGCUCCGUGUCUGCUCCGAAACCUGGUCCGUAUCCCCAAACCGUCUGUUGUUGCAGUGUCUAAAAAAGGCUGUGCAGUACCCACUGUACUUACAGAUUGAUUAGCUGAAACUGACUCCAAUACAGGUUCGGAGUCAGAGGUGGAUUCCCCCAAUGUUUUAUCUAUUGUGUACUGCCUAGGUUUACGAAUAGGUCUUCGUUUCUUGAUAAAAUGUGGUACUUCAGAUUUCCCACUCAGCCAUCUGUAAACACGAUGUUCUUUGUAAUCAGCUAAUACUUUGGCCUGUUUUUCUCUUUUAAAUCUGAUCAAAUCUGUUUUGUAAUUCUUAAUGUUGUCUUCUAAUUUUAAUAAUGUGUGAGCAGCCUCAGAUGAUGAUAACAGAAUCGCUUGUGUCGUUUCUAGUUCGGCAAUUCUUCUUCUGACAUGAAUCUAAUCCUCCUUGACAUCCUCAAUAAUGAUUAGCAUUAAAUCUAAUGAACAUUUAUUUAAUACCGCAAUCCAGCGUUUACACACCUGUGGCUUCAGCCGGCCAAUCGUAGGGAUAUUUUUAAUCCGAAAACCCCUAGGGAUUUGUAGUUUCCUAUGGUACUCAGAAAGGAAUAAUCCAUGCAGGUCCAAGUCAGUCUCACGUUUUCUUAACCUCACUAGUUCAAAAUAAACAUCCCUAAGGGACGUAGUGUUAGGUAAUUCAGAGGUAGAUGCUGUCCAUCUUAUCCGAUCUGCAUCUUCCUCACUGUAUUGCCAUGUCUCUGCCUGUUCUGAUAGGCCCCCAGCCAAUGUGAAAAAUUCUUCCAUAAUUGAAAAAUACAGGUAAAAGCAGAUAAAUCCAAAAUUGUAUAUACAAAUAUGUAGACACUAACCAACCAGGUCACUGAGACAGUGAACCCAUUUAAAUCAAAAAUAUUAAAGCAGAGGGUGCAUAGAAAGUCAGCUCCUGCCACAGAGCCAUACAUACAAAAGAAAAAGAGAUCCUGCACUCCAUCAACUGCAAAGAAAUUCCAAUGCCCGGUGCUUGUCCAGCACAAUAUAGAAAGACAAAUAGGAUAGCACUCUCAGGACUAUAUAAGAAAAAUAAAACUAUAUAUAUAGAAUUCACUUUGAAUGCUGACAAUUCUCAGUUUAGUAAAUAAUCCUGUAUCAGUUUUGAUGAGUUAGACAGUAAGGAAAGCCCUGUGCCCUUAUUUUUCUGAAGUGAUUAUCGCAGCACAUUAAUAUGUAUUGCGUUAAUGUUUAGCAUUACACUUUUAUCAACAAUGAUUUGACUUGAAUCAUAUAAUGACACAAAUGCUGUAUACAACAUGGCCCAAAGUUAUCUUGCAACAUUGUAAGAGUUUCCAUCUUGCAGUUCACAUAUUGUAACCUUGGCUGGACCCUUCUGGCAGCAGAUAUGAAUGGAGACAGAAAGAAAGAUCUCGUUAUUGGAUCCCCAUAUGCUCCAGGUGGUGGGAAGCAGAGGGGAGUCGUGGCUGCAUUUUAUUCACAAAGAAGGCGUAGAAGAGGUGAUAUGUUGCAAUAAACAGUAUAUAUGGAUAGUUAGAGAGUUUCAGACAAAGCAUUAUAGCCCAAAUCACCAUUACAUAUUUCACAAGAUUAAAGGCAUACCCUAAGCACCAAAUUUUUUUUAGCAUAACCCUGUAAUGAUGCAUGUCGGAGUUAUUCCGUCAUGGUUGUCUUUCCUACAAAUGGGCUGAAAAGUAAAAAUCCUUUUUCAUUCAUAUAUUCAUUGGUAGUACAUUUUAAAAGAGCUUGCAAAAACUACAGUUCUUAUGAGCUGCAGCCUUUGCAACCUCUCCAAUUACCCCCAGAACAGUCUCUUCAUGGGGUUAAUAGUCAGAGGCUUCUCACUGAGAUUCUCUCCCUUUGCUUCUGGCUGUAUACAGGCAUUUAAAUGGAGUUUUAGAUCUCCUUUGCUACAAUGUGAUGUAAGCAGGAUUUAGCGCAAGGCUGAUAAGACAUUUGCCUUGGGUGGAACUUUUAGGAGGACGCCGCCCCCUAAUGCCCUGGCAGAUACCUUGUCAGCCUCUUGUCCUUGGUGCCGAAGAAGUGGCUGGCUGGCCACAUUGCGACCAUCCCCCAUGACUUGGUUCCCCUCUGUCAGCUGGUUCCAUUUGUAUUCGCCCAGACUGACAGCUGUGUUGCAGGCAGCACUGAAAGUCAGCCCAGCAUACAGAUCUUUAAAUGGGGAGGCUGUAAUACAGUGUGAGCAGACUUAAAUCCCUGCUCACACCAUGUAGAGAAAGCUAUCAAUCAACACCUGGGGCUUCCUUUUGUCUUAUGAGGCAACUAUUAGUCACCCCAGCUUGACAGGUGAGCUGUAUGAAGUGCUGAAAAUCAGCACUGCAUGCAGCCUUUUAUAUCUGUUGAGAAGCCACAGUGAUUCUCUGUGAGGUGCUUGCUUGUGGGAGACCCCAUGGAUUGGCAGGGUCUCUGAGAGGGUCUCUCUCUAUGCCCAAUGCCAUUUUGAUCAGUUUUAAAUUUGACAAUUGUAUAAGAUUGAGGAUUAAUAUAAGGUUUAAAAUGAAGUUUAAAGUUGGAUUUAGGAUUAGGUUUUGGAGUAGUGUUCAGAUUAGGAUUUUAAUUACAAUUUUUAAUUAUUAACAUUAGGAUUAGUGCCAGCAAGGAAAUCCCUCUGCUGAAAUCGGCAAUGGAAUCGCUCUGCUGACAUUAGGAGAGUGAAUUCUUCUAACACUAUUGCUAGGGUUAUGAUUAGAAUUAAGAUUUGGAUGAUUAGGAUUAGGCUUAGAUGUGGGAUAGGUAUUUGGUUUACAGUUAGUGUUUGGUUUAGCAUUAGGGAUAGGAUUAAAAUUGCUGUACUCCAAGAUGUUGUUGAGUACAGUUAAGAUAAUUGUAUUACAGUAGUAAACAUACGAUUUAAAAACAAGCGGCACAAAUACAACGUGUAUGUAUAAAUAAAAAAUGAAUACCACAAACUUUGAGGAAGAUGAAGCUGGGGGAAAGACGGAGAUACAGCUGAGGAGAGAGAGGGAAAUGAAGCUGGGAGGAGAUGUUGUCUGUAAUCCGGAGGGCAUUAUUAUUAGUAUUGGCAUUUAUAUAGUGCCACAUAUUUCAACUGCACUUUACAAUAUUAUAAAGGGUAAAAUGUAACAAUAAAUGAGACAAUUACAAAAUGUUACAGGAAUGAUGAGGACCCUGCUCAAAUGAGCUUACAGCCUACAUUAGAUGGGUUAAACAAACACUAUAGGAAGGGCAUCAAGGGAGAUAGCAACCAAGCAACAAGGUGGGAAUGUAGCAGAACUGAAAGGUGAGAGUGAAGUGUGAUCCUUUAAGCGAUACCUUUACUAAAGUGAUGGGUUUUGAGGGACUUCCUAAAUGAUUGAAGACUAGGCAGACUUGUAAUGCUACAGGUGGGACAGUGUGUGUGUGUCCAUACAAAUGCUAUCUACAUAGUUACCAAACAUGUAAAGUAUAAAACAAUUACAUGUUUGGUAUUAUUAUGUCUUCAGACAGGCUCUCUGUAGAAGAUGCAGAAUGGAGUGUUACUGGGGAACAUAACUAUGCCUGGUUUGGUUACUCUCUCCAUGGCCAUAAAUUCAAGAAGAUUACAUUGUUAUUGGUCGGUAGUCCAACAUGGAGCAGCUGCAAAAGGUUUGACAUAAUUAUUUCAGUUUUUUUUUCUGUUAUUGGAAAAUAACAAAAUGCACGUUCUAAUAUAUUGCAUUUAAAAAAAAAUUCUCAGUUUUAGUGUAUUAUUUAUAAAUGAUACAUGAUAAUAUUUUAACAUAUAUCAGUUUGUUAAUGUAUACAGUAUCUGUUUCAGCAGCAAUGAAUGUGAUUAUCCUGGUACUAGCUCACAGAGUAUGGGGAAGGUUUAUGGCUUUUAUCCACCAAGCAAGAAUAUAUCCUUUGUGUUACUUGGUGAUACAGUAAGUACAGUUUUUUUUGUGUUUUUUUUAAAUACUGAGGUAGAGGUGUAAUCAUGAUAUGACAGGAUCUAUUUUUCAGCACCAAGGAGCUCCAUGUGAGUGGUGAACUCUCAUACACGCUAUAUAUACCUAAUCCCUAAAUCACCCAAAAGGCUCACAAUCUCUAAAUCUCACUAUAUAUAUCCAGUAUGUCAUUCACAUGAUUAACGUCCUGUAAAACUCUAGUACCUGACGUUGCCUAAAUCUGCGCAAUGUUACAGGACAAAAGUUACCAUGUGACACAAAAUCUGACUUCUUAGCAAACACAAGUAUAAUGUGUUGUCUGUAAUCAAAGCACUCCAGCUUCAGAUCACAAUUAAUUGAAUCAAGUAGAAACAUUGCCAUUACAUUUGAAUCCAGUCAGACAAGGUGGUGAAUGUCUUGUGUAAAGAUUCUAAUCCCUUGGCUGGAAGGAUCAAAAAUGUCCAAUGUUACUGAUAAACCUAUGCCUGUCUGUAUCUUUCUAUCCUUGAAGGUCGGCUGCAUCAAAGAGUUGGACCUCUCUGUUAAACUAGCCUUGGCCAAGUCAAACGCCUUUGCACAAUCAUGAGAUAUUUCAUAACUAGAGUUUAUGCAGGUCAUUGCCUGGUUUAUAAAUCACAGACUGUAGUGUUGAUUUGAGAUGGUAUUUGUGGUGUUGGUUUUGGCUUUCAUUGGUUGUUCUAAUCCUUUGAGGGGGAGCUUUUUCCACAUGAGGAGAAUGUUAGUCUCGUCUGGGGGAAAAGGGGAAGGCUUGCAUAGGCUACAGUUUGUAAGAGUUGCAGCUUUUGCAAGUUUUUCUUUACAAUAUACCACCAAUGCAAACAUGCAUGCAUGCAUUAAUUGGGAGGUUAUCUACUAAAUAGUGAAUUCUACUUUAUUGCCCAUUUGGACAGUGGAGUGUCCAUCUAACCUUAUGGUUAAUCCUGUUCUGCUUUCAAGACAUCAUUGGCUACAUUUUAAUCACACCUUUUACAAGGAUAUUACCUUAAAGCUUUGACUACCCCAUACUUGACUUUAUUUAGUUCCUCCGCUCCAUAAUGAGAGCUUUAGUAGUUGCUCAGGAUUGUGUGGAGCACAUAUCACCAAGUGCUUAGAUUUCCAUAUCCCAUAUAUUCUGUAGCCAUAUCCUUUCAUCGUUUUAGAAGGGAGAUCAGCUAAAAGUUACCCUGUUUCUGCAUUUUCUAUAGACGUUCAGUUGAUUAUAUGAUGUAAUUUCAUGGGGUUUAUUCUGCAUAUUAUUUUGAUAAGUGCCUUUCACUAAAUGCUUUUAUAGUUAAAUUUAUCCUCAAAUGUGUAAUGAAACGUUAGAUUAUUUACUGAACAGCAGAAACUACAUCAUCAUUAAAUGACAGGGUGGCUUAAUUAUCAUGCACACAGACUUCGUAGUAAUGCAAGCACAAUACAUCUCAAUAACAGUAAUAAAGUGUUACAUAAUAAAAUAGAACAUUAUUAUGGCAUAACUGUAUUAUACACAUAGGCAGAAUAACCAAGAAUAAGAACUAGUAUCAGUUUUUGAAACUUAAAAGAUUUACAAUGAAACCAUAUUUUCUAUUUGUCAAAAAUGUUAUGCAGGGCUCCACAUGAAUGUUCUAUUUUCAGCUUUUAAAAGAUUGAGAUUUAUGAAAGCUAAGAUUGUAAAUUGGAGUUAUUAGUAAACGCUAGAUGAUAUACUUUUUUAAAAAAUAUAUAAUUUUGCAGGAGCAGAGCAAACUUGGCUCAUCAUUUGCCAGUGGAACUUUAUCAAUCAAUGGGAUUCAUAAACAAAUACUGCUGGUUGGAGCGCCAACUCAGGGUAUGAAGUCCCUUCAAUGACUAUGCCUUCAGUGAAUAGCACUACAUAAACAACUGUUUAGAGAUGAUUUUACUAUGAUUUUACUAAAAAUGGUUUAGCAGAUUAUUGCACGCACACAAUAACUACGAAGAAGUAGGCAGAAGUAUAGAUCAGAGUGUUGCAGUGGAUUGGAUUUCUCCAGUUCCACACAAUAGUGUCCAAACUAAAAGAAAUUGGAGUAGAUAAACAUUCUUGUUCUUGUGUAGAACAUUGGACUGUCAUUAAUGGUACAUUUUCAAACUGGACAAAAUUGGUGUCCUUCGGGAUUCUGUUCUGGAACCGCUUCUAUUUAACAUAUUUAUACAUUAUCAUGAAAUAGGCAUUGAAAGUCAUGUUUCAGUUUUUGCAAAUGACACAAAACUCUGUAAAGUAAUACAAUAUAAGCAGGAUACUAAUUCGCCUCAGAGGCAUUUAGGUAGCUUUGCGGACUGGUCAUUAAAAUGGCAGAUGAAAUGUAAUGCAAUCCCCUUCUCAGUGGUCUUACAUGUUCCCAGAAUGCACCACUGAAUCUAUAAUGAAUGCAGCGGCGAGGCUCAUUUUUCUGUCCGCCCACACGUCCCACGCCUCCCCUCUCUGUCAUUCCCUACAUUGGCUUCCAGUUAGAUAUAGAGCUCAAUGUAAGAUUCUGGUGCUUGCUUACAAGUCCCUACAUAAUGCUGCUCCAACCUACCUAUUCUUCCUCAUACACAAGUAUGUCCCGUUGAGGCCCGUGCGCUCUGCCGAAGACCUACGCCUAUCCUGUGUCUAUACUCCCACAUCUGAUGCCCGCCUCCAUGACUUCUCCAGGGCUUUUCUGUGGAACUCCUUUCCCUUCUCCGUUACACAUUCACCCAGUCUCCACUCCUUCAAAAAAAAAAUCUUUGAAAACAAACUUCUUCAGUCAAAAAAUAACUACAGUUUCUAGCCACCUAUUUCAUUACCCCUACUUAUACCUUUUGUGACACUAUACCCCAUUCCCUCUAGCACGUAAGCUCAUUGAGCAGGGCCCUCAACCCCUCUGUUCCUGUGCGUCCAUUUGUCUGGUUACAAUUACGUGCCUGUUAGUCCACCCAUUGUACAGCGCUAUGGGAUUUGCUGGCACUAUAUAAAUAUAAUAAUAUUGUAAAAAAUGCAAAGGUAUGUACUUUGGGGUAAUAAUCCACAAGCACCUUACACCCUAAAUUUUAGUGAAUUAGGGAUAACUGCUAAUUUAAAUAAAAAUUGAGAAUUGUUAUAGAGCACCUACUAAGCAAUGUGAAGUAAAAGUUGCUAAGGCCAAAAAGGUAUUAUCAUGUGUAAUAUUAUGGCACUAGUAAAUGUGCAGAGGUGGACUACAAAAUUAAUAAAAGGAAUGGAACAUUUGAAUUGUGAAGAAAUGUAACAAAUUUAAAUCUUUUUAGUUAUGAUAGCAUUAUACAAAUAUAUUCGGGGGCAAUACAAACCAUUGUCUGAAAAUCUAUUCAUAGACAGGACUUCAAGUCACACAUUUACAAUGGAAGAAAGGAGAUUUAGUCUAACGCAAAGGAAAGGGUUUUUUACAGUAAGAAUAAGAACAAUUACCUGCCUGAAGAGGUGGUUUUAUCAGAGUCUGUAUAGAUCUUUACACAGCAACCGGAUGAAUACUUUUUUAUUUGUGGGGUAAUAGCAUUUUGAUCCAAGGAGAUAUCGGGGGUUAAGGAGGAUCUUUUACCUAGUUUGUUGCAAAAUUGGAAAGCGCUUUAAACUGUUUUUAUAAAACGCAACUGCAUAAGUAUCAGACAGAGACAUUUUUCACUUAAUAUUAAUCAUACUCUGAGAUGAAUGCUUAACUACAUUAAUAUUACAAAUAUGCAACGCUGCUAUGCAGUAAAUAUUUUCUAAAUGUUUUUAUUGUCUUGUUACAGAUGCAAACGCCAGGCUUGCAUUCAUACCGCAAGUGGUGCACCAUGCUGGCGCAGUGAAGGUGUAUGAAAUAAAUGCUGGAAUAGUUCCAACACUUCUAGGCACUUUGAGUGGGAACAGGCAGUUUUCUCGCUUUGGAGCAAGCUUGCAUUUGAGUGAUCUAGACAAUGAUGGCCUUGGUAAGAAGAGAUAUUUUUGUUUUGUUCUUUUCAUUUAAAGGAAUAGUCUCUAUACUUGGUGAAAUAUUAUAGUGCUAAUAUUCAAAGGUGAACUAUGACCCAGCAAAUCUAACAAACUAAUUACUAAAAAGUAUCCUACCUUCUGUAGAAGAAUUAUUCUGGUCUUUGGGACCUUCUUGCAUCCAAAUCCUGGAUUUGCUGGGCUAGGUGGAUAAUAUCCCAUGUAAGAGUCAUGCAAUACUAUUGCCCCUUCCUCCUAUCCCAAUGUGUUUUGGGAGUGUAUGAUAUACCAAUGGGCUAGCCUAGGGAUCCUCAUAAGUGGGCCCUUGAGGGACAAGAGUGUAGGUUAGAGCUAACCACUUGGUUUCCAAAUGUAGAUACUGUUUUAAGGCCAAGGGUUGAGAAUGUAACCAGCAUGGUAACAACGAGGAAGUGUGUUGUGUAUCGCAACAAAUGUGGAAUAACUUUCUAGAAAAUGGGAACAUUUCUAGAUACCUGAAAUCUUGAAAAAUAACUAAAAAUUUUCAAUAAUCAAUAAUAGUUAUCCAUGUUCUAGGUAUAUUAAAUGUUGAAACUUGUAGCAAGAUUGUGUUAUUGCAUUUGUGGCGGACCACUUGGCACCCCGAUUGGGUACCUCCACCAAUUGCAGCUUCCUAGUAUCACCCAGUACUAUAAGCAAUGUAGUCCCCUUAGCCAUGGCAGCUUGGCUGGGGUCUCUCCAUCCCUUCCCACCCUGGACCAACCUCUGGAUCCAGCUCCCAGUGGGAAGACCUCUCCUCCAAGAGAGUAUAGCUGUAUAGCAAUCCAAAGAGCAGUAGAGCAAGUGAUUAUGGCAUGUAUAGACGAGGCUCUAUGCUGUGCGUGAACUGGUUUAUUGGGAGCCACACACAGGCUUUUAUGCAACACCCCAUGCAAGGGGUUUCCUAAAUCACAUUCCAGGGGCAUUCCCUGCUGGACCUGAGAGUGAACAAGUUGCAAACAAACAUCUAAAUUAAGUUAUCUCCCAGUAAAGAAAGCAUGCAAUAUAACAAUACCUCAAAAGUACUCCAAAAAAACAUGAAAACCUCACAAACGUCACAUACCCUGAAAGCCCCGAUAUGGGUGACCAACAUAUCCAAAAAUCUCCCAGAUCGGUUCAGGGGUUUGGAUUUUCUAUGGAAGUCAAUUAUUUGACCAACAGUGCACAUGGUCCUAUGCCCAAAACAGUUCUAUGAAAUCAGUGCUAACGGUCCGUCUCUUUCGGGAGUACAAAAGUACAUAAAAUACUGAACGGAAUCCAUAGUUAACCUGUGUAGCUUUUUCACCUUGUUCGUGGGAACGAUUCCACCGACCAGUGGCCUUCUAAGUUGCAUAGAACCGAACGCAGGCGAUUAUGGAUGUCCAGCGGUGUUUGGGAGUUUCAGUGUUCAAUUUCAGUUCCAUGAACUCAACGACCAAACACCGCUGCCUGCGUUCAUGCGAACAAGAUGGCCGCCACCUCGUGGUCGUUCAUACGAAUUGCUGUCACCCAGGUGAACAAUUAGAACACUGCAGUGGAACGCGUUGCAAGGUGUCAAUUGAGCUUAACAAGCACCUGGAUGGUCUCUGGUUCAUGCGGCUGUUUGGUUCCCAAACCACAUAACCCAAACCACACGAACAGAACUGUUUAAAGUGUGCUAGACAAGGUAAAUUGCAGGGGCCAUAGUCCUGAGGUAGGAUGAUGGAAAGCAUGCUACUCCAGGAGCCCGUGGCGAGGUUCUGUUCGCCACAGCAUUAAUGAAUGAACAUAGCUCACAAAGUUGAUUCCCAGUGUUACGCGUCUAUGUGAGUGACAUUGUUUUUAUUUCAUAGAGGAAGUCAUUGUGGCAUCACCUGCAAAGUCUGAAGAUAUACAAUCUGUUUUCUUCGGCUCUCAAGCCGGACGUGUUUAUAUCUACAAUGGAAAUAUUACAUCUCCAAGUUUCCUGUCCAAACAGUGCAAGUCCUGGGUUUUUCCAUGCCCAAAGGAUUGGGUAAGAUAGCUGCAGUCUCAAUCUAAAUACUAUAUAUCCAAAACAAGAUUUCUUGUUAACCCGAUGCAUUGCAGUACAUUACUUUUCUGUACAGUACUUUGCAAAAGAAACGUGAAUUUUUAUUUAAAAAUUGACAAAUAGAACAUUUUAACUACAAAGACCAUAGAAAUUAACUGAAGAGAGAAGAGUAGUCUUUGGCCAACAUCUUUUCCUCAGGUGGAACAAAGCAUUUCUGUUCCUUGUUGUGAAUCUUCUAUCACAUCCAUUUCAUAUGCUCACUCAAUAAAGUUAAUAUUGUUUAUUUUUUUAUUUCACCACUGAGUCAUCAAAGGUAAACCAGGAUGUAGCCGUUGAAAAUUCCAAAUGACAACACACUAUCAAUGAAUCUCUGGAACCAAGGAAAUCCAUGUUGUACAUCUAUGUAUAUGUUUACACAUAGCUAAUGUCUGUGUACUCAGCCUGCAAUAUAACCCCUCCCCCCUUUUCCUCGUUCUGAAUCCCCAUGUUUUUGACUUAUGACAAAAUAAAAAAACUGUCAAUUGGGAAAAAAAAGAAAAUUCCAAAUGACAUGGAAUUAGCGGCUAUGCUUACCAAGACGUAUUCAAAUUCAAACAUUUUCAAACUAUAUUUUUUAUUAAAACAUAAAAUUCGAUUUUCUAAAAACCAAAUGAAUACCUUCCACUCAGUCAACUGAAUGCAUCAAAUGAAAAACACCUCCAAAUACCACUAUAUCAAAGUCCCUUUCUUACAAAAGGUUUCACCAUAUUUGAAAGUCAUGUGUUGGGUAAGAAGCAUGACCUGUAGACAUCAAGGUAAAGCAGACACACAAAGCCAGGGCUCAUUCUUGUUAAAAAGUUUAUGGUGGAAAUCAGAUAUGUGGAUGUGGUAGCAAUCUUAGGUUGACACGAUGAUAUCCAAUCAUAAUGAUAUAAUUUAGCACAUUAAAGAAAAGUUCUAAUUUUCUGUUUUAUUCAAGUGAAUCAGAUAGAAAGUCAGACUCCAUUUUAGGUGAUAAUCCUACUUCUUCUGUAAUCCCCAGGCCCAGAAUGAAUUCAUCUCUCCUGAAGUAAGUAUUAAAUACAUAAUGCUUCAAAAUAAAUAUCCUGUUAUUGAUACAGAUAUUUUAAAUCUACUUGCUGUUUCAGGAAAAAUCAAGCUUUGGAACAUCUGUAAUCACAGUGAAAUCAAGACAAACAGUAAGCUUGUUUCUUUUCUCUUGCAGGCAUAUACAAUCUCUUUUAUAUAUAUAUAUAUAUAUAUAUAUACCUGGAUAUUUCAUUGCAGACUUAAAAUAAGAUUUCUGGGCACAGCAUAUUGUUUUGAAAAAAAAAAAAAAAAUUGAAAGAGAUAGCAUGAUAAACAAUAUAACAAAUAACCGGAAAUAAAAAAAAAAAAGUUAUUAAAAGUACUUUUAUUGAAAAAGUAAAAAAAUGUAAGUAACAGUUUGGGAUGAAAAGGAUAUAUACUCUGCCAUAAUUGAUGUGUAUAAUUUCCUUUACUGAAAUACAUAUUACAUGAGAGGGUUUUAAAGGGUUACUUCAAUCACCAUAACCACUACACCUCGAUGUUUGUAGUGGUUAUGAGGCCAGGAGCACUUUUGGCUAGUUCCCCGGUAAUGAGCAAACAGUUUAGCAACCUGGGUACCUGCUCCGAUACUCCCUGGUGGCCCGGUUUCUGCAGUCCCACAGAAUUUAUUCAUAUUGUAGAUGUAUUUUUGUUGCAUGGAUGCACCCAUUAGGAUAUCACAUUAUUUACCUUUAUUAAUCUGUUUUUAAAGAUGUUGCAAUAAAGGGUUUUUAGCAUCACACACAUAUUUUUGGGGAAAAUUGCCCUUUAUGUAAAGAGAGUGGUAUGCAGUCUAGUUUUUAAUUAUGCUAUACCUUUUUUACCCUAUUCACAACCUAUUAAAUUAAUGGUAUAUAUAUUACAUACAUUUUACAGACUGUAACUGAAAAUUUAAUUAUUCUUGCAUUAUACUAACAAACUAAUCACACGCUUUUUUUUCUUUUUAGAGACAAGUAGCAAUAGCAGCUGAAAGUUCUUUGCAUGCAAGACUUGCUGGUGUCAUCUAUUUGUAUAAUUUUAAUUAAAAAUAAGAAUUUAUAAUAAUUAUAUGCCUGUCAUCAUUACACACUACAAAUAUUAUAGAAAAAAAAAAUUUAAUAAUCUUAGUACGCUGCUCAAAUAUUGGUUUGCCAUUUUCCGGUAGGGACUAAAUGGUGGGUGGAACUGGAAAAGUCUCUUAAGAAUUCUGAUCUAUUCCAGUCUAACAUCUGGCUCAUAAAACACAGCAGGCCUCUGUUUCAAUUCCAGUGCCCUGGAACGCUUAACUCGAUCGCAUUAUGGGAUGUGCUGACUUUUAAACAUGGAGCAUGUAAUGCCCCCUACCCUCUUAUACCCAUCCUUAGAAAGUUUCUACCCACCCUUUGACAAAUGGGACUUUUGGCAUAUAAAGGAUGUUGGCCUUCAAAGAAUAAAAGCCUUGCAGUACUUUGCUAUUCUAGUGCUAUGAUUUAUGUGACUCAGUGGGAACAAGACUUAAAUAAAGUAUUGGAGGAUAGGGAUUGGAAGGAUAUACAGAAAACCCUUUUAAGCCUUGUAACAAAGUACUUAUGAGAUGGAAUACCACUCGGGUUUCUUUAU